UGUACAUUUUCUCUCCUGCUUGGAAACUGUAAAAGCACGGUGUACAUUAGCUAUAUGUCGACAAGUAUUAUGCAUGAGAACAACAACAGCUUUAGUAAUUCCCGAAGAAACCGGCAAUUUUUAUCCGAGAAAAUGGGUUCACAUGCCAAAGCUUGGCUCGUUGAAGACGAGACUGCGAGAGAAAUGCUACAAAGGGUCCUAUCGGAUCGACCUUUUUUGCUUCUUCCACCACUUCACCGGGUUCUUCUACGUGUCGGUAACGUUGUCGAGCUCUUAGGCCCGUCUUCUUCUUCCAAAACCCACAUCCUAAUCCAGGCUGCCAUCACUUGUAUACUCCCCAAAGAGUGGAAUGGGGUCAUCUACGGCGGAUUGGGGCAGUCGGCAAUGUUCAUUGACUUGGAUUGUCGUUUUGAUAUUUUACGUUUCUCGGAAUUGCUAAACCAUAGAAUCAUGGAAGCAGGAUCAAGCUGUAAUGUAGAUUGUAAAAAAAUGGACUCUGGAGCUCAAUUUGCAAGAAUGAAACAUUACAACGAGGAAUUGUUUGCAUUAUGCAUGAAACGAUUUUUGUACAUCCGUUGUUAUGAUAGUUCUGAGUUUCUUGCCACUCUCAAGACAUUACACUAUCGUCUUCAAAAGGAAAGAGACACGCAUGGUCUUAAUGUUAAUUUGCUGUUGAUUGAUAGGUUUGGCUUUGAGCCCUCGAAUUCAAUCCUUUAUGCUGGUUACCUUUUAUUUUCUUUGAAUCGCUUUAUAUUAUUGAUAUAA